AUGUGGCGCGUGGAGCUGGCGGCGGACGCCAGCGCGACGAGCACGCACGCGGGGGACGGGGCGGGGGUGACGGAGGACGGCACGCUGGUGGCGUGGGGGCCCGAGCUGGAGGCGGACGUGGGCGCGUGGCGCGAGCUGUGGCACGGCGCGCUCGACCAGCUGCGGCGCGAGCCCGUCAUCAACAACACCGAGGAGGACGUGCUGGCGCAGCUCGGCGCCGUCGCCUUCCUGCACUGCCCCGUGCGCAACCUCGGCGAGCGCGGCAUCUCGUGGGUGCGGCGCCGCGACUGGCACAUCCUCAGCUCCGGCCUGUUCAUGUACACCAACGACGAGCGCUUCCAGGUGCUGCACAGCGAGGGCUCGGACGACUGGAUCCUGCAGAUCAAGUACGUGCAGAAGCGCGACAACGGCACGUACGAGUGCCAGGUGUCGACGGGGUCGGGCAGGCUGGCGCGGCUCGUGCACCUGCACAUCGCCGUGCCCGAGGCCUUCAUCCUGGGCGCCGACGAGCAUCACGUCGACGCCGGCUCCACCAUCAACCUCGUCUGCAUCAUAGAGAAGAGCCCAGUGCCGCCGCAGUACGUGUUCUGGUACCACAACGCGCGCAUGAUCAACUACGACGCUGCAGCGGGCGUCACCGUGCAGACGGAGCCGGGGCCCAAGACGCAGUCGGCGCUGAGCAUCCGGCACGCGGCGCCGCGCCACUCCGGCAACUACACCUGCCGCGCCGCCAACACCGAGCCCGCACACAUACUCGUCUACGUCUCCGAGGGCAGUGACAAGAUGGCGGCGACGCUGAGCCGCAACGGCGCGCCGCGCGGCGCUGCGGCGGCGGGGGCGGCGGGGGCGGCGGGGGCGCUGCUGCCGCUGCUGCUGCGGGCCGCGCGCUAG